AUGAUUUAAAAGAAGCGCUUACAUCAAUCUUUAUUUGGAGCAUUAAUGACACUAUUGAUGUUUGGGUGUAUAAUAACAUAUAUUGUUAACAAAUUUGUAUAACUAGGAAUGAGAAAAGAAUUCUAAACUUUAUAUUCAGAAAUCUAUUAUGAAGAAAUACCAAUUUAUCCAUUAGUGUCUGAAAAUUUCACUUUAUAAUUUGCCUUUUAGAACUAUAAUUAGAAAAACUAUAUAGAUGAAUCAAUUUAUAGAGUAAAUGCAUUUAUGGUUAAUAGAGUUUAAAGAAUGUAUGAGUUAAUAUAAAUAGCAGAGCCAAUAAUAAAACAAUUUAACAUAUAACAAAAACAGAGAUUCCCUUAAGUAAAUGUGCAAAGAUUGGAAUAACUUUCGAGGAGAUUGAAGAGUAAUUGGAUAAUGUUGAUUUCAAUAAUACUUAUUGUAUAGAUUGGGAGAAAAUUUCAGAGUUAAGUUUAACUGGUACUUCUGAUUAGGAUAACUAUACUUAUAUAUAUGUAAAUUUCUAAUUAUGUGUUAAUGAUACAAGCAAUAGUAGUUUAUAUUAUAUAAAUAGGUGAGAGUGUGAUAUGUAAGUCAAAAGAGGAAAUGUAAGAUAAAUUAAGGAGGAAUUAUAUAUAAUUUUAAAUAUCCUCAUAUAAUAUUGAUUUAAGGAAUUAUCAAUAACCAAAUGUUCCAAAGGUUGAAGAGAUUUAAACAACUAUAUCUAGUUAAGUAACAAAAGACAUUACUUUAUUUAUGCAACCAAUAACUACAUUGACUGAAGAGGGAUUAUUAGAUGAAUUAGUUAGAAAAGAUGCUACUAUAAGGUAUUAAAAAAGUUAAGAAAUAAUUGAUUUCAAUAGUGAUGAAUCCUUGGCAACGGUUUUGAUUAGAUUAUCAAAUACUGAGAAUAUUAGUUAUAGAAUAUAUCCAAAAUUAUAAGAUAUCCUGGCUUAAGCAGGAGGUUUAUGGGAAUUGUUAAUGCUUGCAUUUUCAAUAAUAGUCAAACCAUUUUCUUAAAUGUCAUUUAAAAUGGAAAUCAUAAAUAGUUUAUUCAAUUUUGAAGGUUAAAAAUAAACUGACUCAGAUGAAACUGAUAAUAAAAAUAAACAUUUUGAUAAACUUAAUGAGAAUAUUUAAACUAAUGAAAAUGAUGUUUCAAUAAUGUUAAACUCAUUAAAAUCAAAAACAAGUGCUAGAUUUCCAAGAGGAAGAGCAAAAUUAAAAAUUUUAAAAGUAGAUGGACUUAAUUCUGCUUAAACUGAAAAGUCUUCUUAAGUUUUUACUAAUUCUCCUGAAAAUGAUAAAAUACUUUAAAAAGGAAUUAAUUCUGCAUUUAGAAAGUUCUUUAAUGUUGCAACGCUUAAAUUACAUUUUAAUCCAUUUGAUUAUUUUAAAUAUAUGAAAUGUGGGUAAUAAUGUAUUCAAUAUUUUAAAGAUAAAAAGAAGGAAAGUACAAAUAAUUAAGUUAUUCAGUUUAAAAAUUAGAUAAGUGUCUUGAUAUACUUUUUAUUAUUGACAAGUUAUAAGAAAUAGACAAAUUAAAAAUGAUUUUAUUAUCAAAAGAGUAAGUCUAACUAUUUGAUUUUCUACCUAAACCAUUAAUCAGUCUUGAUCCUACAAAUUAAUAAUAAAGUGAAAAUUAUUAAUAUUCUUCUUUACUUAAACCAUAUAAAGGAUUAAAAGAAAAAUCAUUAGAAGCUUAAUAAGUAUUGGAUUAAUUACUUGAAAAUUUAGAUGAUCCUAUUACUAAUAAACUUAUUUCUUUAAUGGAUCCAAAUUUAAUUAAAUUAUUAUAAAUAUAACAUGAGUUAAAAAAGAAAUAAAGUCCCAAAUUAUUAAUUAAUGAUUUUGUUGAAUGA